CGAUAAGUGCAGGCUACCCAUCUUCGAUAAACGACUUUUUAAAUUGGAAGUGUGAAGAAGCGGAAAAGAUUAAUUCUUUCUUUCUUGCAGAAUCAGUUUUGGGUUUCCUCCGGUUCGUUUAGUUCGAAGACCCUUUUGUUGAAUCUUCGUAAUUGAGGGUUUAGAAGGAUGAUGGUAGCUAAAAGCUUCGAUCUUUGGCAAAAGGAUGUCUUUUUCUCCGCCGCCGAGGAGGUUCAACAAUCUGCCGAUACGAUGGAAUCUGCAUAUAGGAUGUGGAUUAAAGAGAAGAGAGAAGGUGCUCGAGUCUCUGUAGAAUCAGACCACCUCUGCAAUGAACUUCAAGCAGCUUUGAGCACAGCUAAAUGGCAGUUGGAAGAGUUUGAGAGGGCAGUGAGGUUGAGCCAUGGACGUUCUUGUCGUGACGACACUACGUUGACUAGGCAUAAACAGUUUGUCUCCGCUAUUGAAAACCAGAUCCACCGAGUGCAAUCUGCUUUAAGCGAGAACGGGGAGCAGCCUCUGCGCUGGGUGGUGGAUCUCAACAGAGAGGAGCGUGAUGACCUUGCCAUGUUUCUGUCUGGAUCUUCUCAGACGUCCGAGAGUCUCAGCGGUGAAAGCGUCGGCUUGAGUAGGUGUUACGGUGAGAGUCUUGACUGUGUGAUAGACAUUGACGACGAGAGAGGAGGUAGCCCUGAGAGUGCUGGCAAGAAACUCGGUACGAGAAGGACAUGGAGCUCACCUAAUGUUCCUGAUAUUAGCGCGUUGAGGGUUGAUGUUCGUGUUGAUGCCAAAGAAGAGGAUUAUGUGUCAGAGAUAGAAGCUACUCCUAAAGAAAAAGGUUAUAAGCCUCUGUUUUGGAUGCAGAGAUGUCGUGAUUAUAACCAGCUCUUUGACGGAGUCAGAUACUAUCAAAGGCGGUUUGGGGUUCCAUUUAACCGGCCGGUUCAGCUCAUUGUUUCCUUGACGCUACUCUUGUUUCUUCUAUUACUCUUUCGAGCUUAUUAGUCUUUGACAGAUUCUUGCGUGUUGGUCACACAACAUACAUGCUAAAUGAUUCAACAUUCCCCAAGCAGGGUGAGAGAUUUAAAAAGGCUUUGUCAAGAAGAACAAGCCUGCUUUUUUUUUUUUUUAAUUUCACUCUUAUCCUCAGGGAACAUGAUAUACGAACCUGUAAAGUUGUAUACCUAUUUGUAAAACUUGAACCUAUGUUUCGUGAGGUUUUAGACGUGUUUCUAAAGAAAACCAAUGCGUGGUGUGUUCAAUGAUAGUAUAUUGGUUUGGAACAAACA